AGGAUCGAUCUUGGCGACCGCACGGCAACACAUGUCGGUUCGCUUGUGACGUUUUCCAGGAUUUUGAACGUUAAGACGGACAUUUAACUACUCCUUAGAUUGGUUUAUGAUUCAUUAAUCUUCAGAGGGCUUCAUUUUCUACAUUUCAUCAUGAAACCUUUGAUGCUUCAAGGCCACGAGAGGGCCAUCACACAAAUCAAGUAUAACCGCGAAGGAGAUCUUCUUUUCUCAUCUGCCAAGGAUAAUGCCCCUAAUGUAUGGUUUGCUCUCAAUGGAGAGCGCUUGGGCUCAUACAUGGGACAUCAAGGUGUCGUCUGGUGCUUUGAUGUCAAUUGGGAAACAACUAGGUUUUUGACUGGAGCUGGUGACAAUUCUCUUCGACUGUGGGAUGUUAGCAAUGGCAAAGAGAUUGGUAAAGUGGAGACCGGUACUUCUGUUCGAACAUGUAUGUUCAGCUACUCUUCCAACACAGCCGUCUUUUCCACUGAUAAACGAAUGAACACUAAUUGUGAAAUUCACAUAAUUGAUGUUAGAAACGCUGAUGCAUCACUUGUAAAUCAAGACCCAAUCAUGAGGAUACCUGUUGAUGGAUCUAAAGUUACCUCUAUUUUGUGGGGGCCUUUAGAUGAAACUGUAAUCUCAGGUCAUGAAGAUGGAAAGAUCACCAUGUGGGACCUCAAGAUGGGAAAAGAAGUGCACUCUGUUCAUGACCAUGCUGCCUCCAUCAAUGACUUACAGUUCAACAAAGAUGGUACUCACUUUGUGUCAGCUUCGAAGGACUGUACCGCCAAACUGUUUGACACUGAUACUUUGGAGUGUUUGAAAACCUACAAAACUGAACGACCUGUUAACAGUGCAGCUCUUUCACCCAUCAUGGACCAUGUUGUGUUGGGUGGUGGUCAAGAAGCUAUGGAAGUCACAACUACAUCCACACGCGUUGGAAAGUUCGAUGCUCGGUUCUUCCAUUUAGUAUUUGAAGAAGAAUUUGGACGUGUCAAAGGUCAUUUCGGUCCCAUUAACUCCUUAGCAUUUCAUCCUGAUGGCAAGAGUUAUGCUAGUGGUGGUGAGGAUGGUUUCACAAGAGUUCAUACUUUCGACCCUUCAUAUUUUGAAUAUCAGUUUGAUUAUUGAAAUCAUUUUUGCUACAUUUAAUAUAAGGUAUUUGUGGAAAAGGUCAACUGCUGAAGUAUUUGUUAAAUAAAUUCUCAAUUAAAGUACUUUUUUAUCAUUGUA